AUGCCUCUACGUGCGAAGAUUAAUACCCCACGUGUGGUGAUUGUUACAGGGGGCGCGGAUGGCUUUGGGGCUGCUAUUGUGGAUCGGUUUAGUCGGGAGGGAUGCAAAGUCAUCAUACUAGAUCGCGAUCAAGUCAAAGGAGAGAGCAAACAGCGAGCCGACUCAAAUAUUCAUUUCUUACUUGGCGAUGUGACUCAACCGGAUUCAUGGCAAAAGGCCUUGGAGUUGGCGCAGACGACCUAUGGCAGGAUUGAUGUGGUUGUCAACAACGCUGGGAUUACCCAUGAUCAAGCUCCGAUUCACACGAAAAGUCUGCAGGAGUAUGAGAAGACAUUCAACGUCAAUGUCAAGCCGAUUUUCAUCAGUGCACAGAUAUUUGCGCCUGUGAUGAUAAAGCAGGGACAUGGAAUCUUCAUCAAUAUUACCAGCACUGGGUGCACACGCCCUCGGCCAGGAUUCGCUAUUUACAAUGCUUCCAAAGCGGCUGUAGAGGUGGCAACUAAGACAAUGGCCCUUGAGUACGCACCAGCAGUUCGGUUCAACUGCAUUUCCCCUGCUGUAGGGAACACCACUAUGCUUCAGGCUAGCAUUGGAAAUGGUGAAGAGUCCCGCCAGCGACUGCGACAAGUGGAAGAUUCUUUACCCAUGAAACGGUUGUGUCAACCACUGGAUAUAGCUAACGCAGCAUGGUUCUUGGGGUCGGAGCAAAAGCCACGACCGCUUGGAAGAAAGCGGGGGGCCACAGGUCGUUAUCACGGAAUCGACAAGGCUUACCGCAAGCUGCAGUCAGAGUUGAAGAAAGUGAAAGCAUCUCAUGGAAAUGAAAAUAGCGACGAUUUGAUCAACCUGGUCCCCGGUGAAGAGCCGAUGCAACAGCUUUUAGGUCCCAGUCACCCAGCUGAGCCACACGAGUCAACCCAAUCGCCCCUUGGGAUAGACAAUGGGGAGUCAUCUGCUUUGUUAUUUGAUUCGGGUGUUGCAACUUUGCCAGAUGAGCAUCCCGGAGAUUUCGUCUCUCCUGGAUUCCACAAUGAUGAAAUAUCCCAUUCCAACCAGGAGCCAAUCAGCAACCCUCUCGGGUUGUUGGCAGAUGCUUCAGAUGCGGCACAGGCACUAGAGCUACAUCCGACAUCUUCUGGUCCAUCACCGAUGUCGAAUGUUGGAUCUUCGAUGACACAUCACUCGGCCAACCCAGCAGAUGGGGCAGGUUUCGGUCGUCAACUGCUUCAUCGACCGGGCUAUGUCUCACUUGGCCUCCAAUUGGGCCGAGAUACUCUAGAGGCGGGUAUAGAUGCAAUUCUUGCGCCUCCUGAGAAUUUCUCUCACUACUCGAACUAUUUCAAAUCACCCCCGCAGGUGCCUCAGCGCGAUGUUGGACCCGAUGUUGACCCGGUGGACCUAGGGUUGGUGACCAUGGAGGAAGCAUAUCGCCUCUUUCCAAUUUAUUAUGCCCGCUUGCAUCCGGUCAAUGGAAUCCUAGACCCGAUGCUGCAUACCCCAGAUUUCGUUCGUUCGCGAUCGGCCCUUCUAUUCACAUGGAUAAUAGCUCUGACAGCGCAAUUCGAUCAUGACUCGGCAUCAAUUGCCAAGCGACUACGCCUUCAUGGCGAAAAGUUGUCGAGACAUGUUCAUACCUGUGGAUAUAAGUCCGUCGAAAUUGUUCAAGGCUACUAUAUCUCCCUGCUAUCGGCCACCCCUGCAAAAACACUAGAGGAGGAGCGUUCUUGGCUGUACACGACAUACGCUUUGGGUGUAGCGGCGGACCUCGGUCUAGAUCAAGAUUCCCGUGCCAAAGAUGCAAAUCCUUUGAGCUUACUCAGUGCUUGCCAUGUCGAAGCACACGAUAUGCAUGGUGCUGGGUAUUUCUCCGAGGAUACUCAGUUUCAGCAGCGACUGGCACGAAAUCGCGAAAGGACGUGGCUAAGGAUUCUAUUAUGGGAGCGAGCAAACAGUGCAUCCUGUGGUAGAAUACGCACUUUCCCGGAAACAGACUUGACGCAAAGCAUCGACAGCUGGUGGCGUCUCCCACUAGCUGAUCCAACAGACAAACACACUUGUGCGUUUAUCACUCUGAGGCGAGGUCUAGCCUCACUGCAAAGCGAACUCAGACAACAAGCUCAUUUGACGCAUCAAAAUCCUCAUUGGGUACGAGAGCUGGUCGAUAUGGCCUUAAGGCCUUGGUGUGACCUUUGGCUUUCGCAAUCCGUCCCCGAAUCCAUGACGUCGCCGUCUGAAAAACUCUCAAAUAUUUUCCUUCACUAUGUUUAUCUCCAUGGGAGACUUUGGACCUUGUCAUUCGCCCUUCAUAGUUCCAUAAAUAGGGGCCGUGACCUGGACGCAAUUCGAGCGGACUGCUUCGAGGCUGCAGUUCAUUGCUGCGAGCUUGCGGUGCGUGAUUUGCAAACUAUCGGGGAGCCACUGUACUGUAUGUUAGCCCCAACUUGGGCUAUGAUAUCCUACGCUGGCGUUUUAGCUCUGAAGCUAUUUCCGGCAUUGUUUGGGUCACGCGCCGGAAAUGAUAUCGAGCUUCUUGCUUUACUGAGCCAGGUUGCCAUGCAGCUACAACGUGCGGGAACCACCCCAUCGCAUCGGACUGGAAUUGCCGCAUUGCUUGGACAGCAUCUCAUGAUGAUCCUGAGAGCUAGGACGGUGGGGCUGAAGGAUUCACCACAUCCUGGCCAGACUAAUUCAGAUCCACCGUAUUACCAGGGCCAUUAUGAUGGGGCGAGGCCAUUUGAACACGAUCAGUCUGUACAUGCGCUACCAUCCGAGGCAUUGGUCUCCUCAGAUUAUGAUCCCUUCUUAAUGACUGCCUCAAUGUCUACACAGGGUGAUUUGACUGGGGAAGGGUUUGCCGAAUUUUUCAGGGAGACGUUCGGGCUUGGGUUUGGGGGUGUCUUCUGA